AUGGGAAAAACUGGUAAAGGAAAAGGUGGUAAGAACAGAAGAAGAGGGAAGAAUUUGAACGGUCAAUUCAAGCGGGAGUUGAUCUACAAGGAUGAAGGUCAAGAAUAUGGUCAAGUGACCAAGAUGUUGGGUAAUGGUCGUAUCGAAGUUUCAUGCUUUGAUGGCAUUAAGCGAAUGGGGCACAUUCGUGGCAAGUUAAGGAAGAAAGUAUGGAUGUCUCAAGGUGACAUUAUCCUCGUUUCAUUGAGAGAUUUCCAGGAAGACCAAUGUGACGUGGUGCACAAAUACAACUCCGAUGAAGCUAGAACCUUAAAGAACGUUGGCGAGUUGCCCGAAAACGCCAAGAUCAAUGAAACUGACACGUUUGGCGGUGAAGAAGAAGACGAUGUUAAUUUCGAAUUUGGUGCUGAUGAUGAUGAUGAAGACGAAGAGGAUUCUGAGUUGGAUAUUGAUGAUAUUUGA